AUGGAUUUUGCAAAAAACCUUAUUCAACUUUCUUCGACUUCCUCAAAUACUAAAGAGGAAGAUCAUCUAAUUAGUCAAAUUAAUGAAUACAUUAAAUUGUAUGAAAAAAUAGAAGAAAGAGAGAUAGAACUCAACAAUCAAAUUAACUCUUACCAUGAAAAAAUCCAACAAACGGGUGUAAUUGCACCAAAAAUCAAAGAAGCUCUUAAAUCCUUAUAUGCUGAUAUGAUAGACCAGACAAAAAGAAAAAGAAAAGAACGACAAGGAAUAGUAACUUUGUCGUCUCCGCCACCUAAAAAGUCAAAGAAACCAGUGGAAAAUUCUAAACUUAAUAGCAUCAUUAAAAAUGAGACUAUAGUUGCAGCCAAGCAGCCAGAGAUCAAAUCAUUAGAACAAAACUGGAUCUUGGCAACUAUAGUCAGAUACAAACUUGAGGUUAAACUUUAUGAGGCCGUGGAUGCAGAUCAAUUUGAGGCAUCCAAUAGACAUUUUAAUGUACCAAAUAAAAAUGUUCUUCCAAUUGCAAAUAAAGGGGAAAUUAAAACUAAUGAAUUUACAAAAGAUCACCCUGUCCUUGCAUUCGCUCAGAAAUGUGAAGAAACUCAAUAUGUACUUGAUAUUCCAAAAGGUGACUAUUUUGUUAAUAUUAAUGCCAUCGCCAUUACUACUACUUUUUAA